CCCUUCACCAAAGCCAAGAGAAGCAACCGUGUAGUGCUUGAUCAAAACGAGCUUCAAACUUAUGCUAGUUUGGAGAAGAUGUUGCAUAAGGCAAUUCAUGCUAUCCGACAGCUCAAAAAGAAGGGAAACACCAACACUUCUUCGGCACCAAAACAGCAAUGUAAGUCUUCUUAUCUUUCAAAUUCUGAUUUGAAAACUAAUGAGAUUUCUUUUGAUAAAAGCAAAGCUGUGAAACCCACAAGCAAAGCUCAUUCCACCAGGUGCUUCAAAUGCCAUAGGAUCGGUCAUUAUGCUAACAAGUGUCAAAAGCAAAAACCGUUGGUGACUUUGGAGAAUGAGAACCUUGAAACCGAGCCAGAAAAGGAAGAGCCUUUGCCAAUUCAAAUACCGGACCAAACUCAAGAUUUGAGGACAAAUCUUUUUGAAGAGGAAGGGAAUGAUGUGCCCUGGUUCGUGGAUCAGUCCAUUGGAGCCAACCAGCAUGGAGAUCAGGACGUUCUGAACAAUUUGACCGAGGUUCGUUCAUCCGACCGUACCGAUCAGACUGACCAAGCCGUUCCGCGUGCGUCCCGAUUGGAGCUUCGGCUGGAACCACGUCCAGACGACCUAACCGACCGAACCACAGCCCGUCUUCCCCAACCAACUCGACAUUCUAAAACCCACGGUCGAGCCAGACUUAGCUUGGGUCGUGAAGAAACCAAAGACGGACAUGCAUUCUUAUCUGGCGGACCAUCCGGACAGUCCCGCAAGCGUCCUUAUCUUUACCCCGUGCAUCCAUCUGGUUCGGAUGAACCUGGACAUCUUGACUAGUCUUCUCCAUUUCCCGUGCCUUGACCAGAUCUAGUCUUCUCCAUUUUCCGUGCCUUGACCAGAUCUAGUCUUCUCCAUUUUCCGUGUCUUGACCAGAUCUAGUCUUCUCCAUUUUCCGUGCCUUGACUAGAUCUAGUCAAAUUUAUAUUUUCUAUGCAUUGUUUUCCUACAUUUCUAUUUAUUGUCUUUGACUACAAAACACUAUAAAUAUGUAGUCCCUUUGAUGAAUAAAAGCAGUUCAUUUU